AUGUCUUCCCGUCUCUACACCACCUCCACACCCAACCUCUCAGAGUUCAAACAAAUCUGCUCCCAAACCACAAACCAAGCAGACUACCCACUAUCAAGCACCAUAACCUCCAACAUCCCAAUCUACAACCUCCAAUCCCUAGAAUCAACAGGAGCAACAAAAACAAAAUCCAACCUCGCCGCCCUACAGGAUGAAUGGUACAAAUGCCUACACACCGGACCAGGAGUCUACAUCCUAAAAGGGAUGUACCCAGCAUCCAAAUACGCCAAAACCUUCCAGUCCACCAACUCCGCCUUUGACAAAAUAAUCGCCACCGAAAAAGCCAACAACUCAAUGACAAAGGGCGACCACUUUGCAGCAGGAGGAACAAACGAUCGAAUCUGGAACUCCUUCCAAAAACACGCCACAACAGAUCCAACCUCCUUCGCAGACUACUACUCAAACCCCUACCUGAACGCCGUCUCGGAAUCCUGGCUCGGCCCAAACUACCGCAUAACAGCCCAGUUGAAUGCAGUGCAUCCAGGCGGCGCAGCGCAGGACUCGCACCGCGAUUAUCAUCUCGGAUUCCAGGAGGCGGAGUCCACAGCUCGCUUCCCGGCCGCUAUGCAAAUCGCUAGUCAAUUCUUGACGUUGCAGGGUGCGGUGGCGCAUUCCGAUAUGCCGGUUGAAUCGGGCCCGACGAGGUUCUUGCCGUAUUCUCAGACGUACGGGGCGGGCUUUAUGGCGUGGCGACUUGCUGAGUUCAGGUCUUAUUUCCUGGAGGAAUAUGUUUCUGCGCCGUUGGAGCUUGGCGAUGGUGUCUUUUUCAAUCCGGCGCUGUUUCAUGCCGCUGGGGAGAAUGUUAUGAGUCCAGAAACGGGUUUCAGGCGUGUGGCUAAUCUCUUGCAGGUUAGUUCUGCUUUUGGGAAACCCAUGGAGAGUGUGGAUUCUUUGGCUGUUGUGAGGGCUGUUUGGGGGGAUUUGAUUAGGAUGUAUGAGGCUGCUGGGGGAAUUGCUGGCGGCAAUCUUGAUCCUGGUUUUUGGUCGGAGGCGCGGAGGGAGGUUAGGGCGCUUGUUAUGGCUGUUGGGGAGGGAUAUCCAUUUCCUACUAAUCUUGACAAGAGGCCGCCUCAGCCUGGGGGUAUGGCGCCGGGGAGUGAGCAGGAUGUUCUUGUUAGGGGAUUGGAGGAGGGCUGGAGUUGUGAGAGGGUUGUUGGGGUUUUGGAGGGGAUGAGGGUUGACUCGAGGGCGUAG